AUGCAUUUCUCUCUUUUCUCUCUUCUUUUCGCAGCACCGUGUACAUUGGGCCUUGCCCGCCCUUUGUUCUCGAGCACAAUCCCUACAGUGCAUCUCCCUGAUUCCAACGUCUCGUUCAAGGGGACGGCAAGCAAUUUGACCGAAUCUUUUCUCAACAUCCGCUUUGGUGAAGACACGAGCGGGAGCAACCGUUUUGCUCACCCGAAACCUUACAACUAUCCCUCCGGCUCUGUGGUGAAUGCCACUCAGUCCGGUGCAGCUUGUCCCCAGCAAAAGGACCCUAUUGCAGACUUUCCGAUCUUUGACAAUGUCACCUCCAUCUCUGAGGACUGUCUGACACUGCGUGUCGACCGGCCACUCAACACGUCUCCCUCAGCCCGUCUACCAGUUCUCGUCUGGAUCUACGGCGGCGGCGACACCAUCGGCCAAAUCUACGACUCUGCCUAUGAUCCAAGCCUCCUGGUCUACGGAGCCGCCCAGAAAGAUGUCCCCAUCAUCUACGUUGCGAUGAACUACCGUCUCGGCAUCUUCGGAUUCGCCUCAUCAUCUGCAUUAAACGAAUCUGACUCCCUGAACGCCGGUCUGCUGGACCAGCGCUUAGCCCUAUGGUGGGUCCAAGAGAACAUUGCCGCCUUCGGCGGCGACCCAGACCAGGUCACCAUCUUUGGCGAAAGUGACGGCGCAACAGGCGUCGGCCUGCAGCUUACAGCCUAUGGCGGCAAAGUGCCCAAAGCGGCGCCAACGCCGACCCCCGGAACCACCACCAACACCUCAGGCCAACACACAGCCACCCUAACCAACCUGGUCAACUGCACCGCGUCCUCCAGCAGAGAGGAGUUGGAAUGCCUGCGUCGUCUCCCAAUGAAGACCCUCCUCAACACGGCCUACUCCUACGAAAUCUCCCUCAACUCAAUGGGCGGCAUGGGUGUCUUCAUCCCCACAGCCCCUUCAUCGUUCAUCCCCGAUGCCCCCUCGCAGCUUCUCCGAACCGGCCAAUUCGCCCGCAACAUCGACCUCAUCUCCGGAUGGUGCGAAAACGACGGCGCGUUUUUCACUUCCAAAACUCUAAACUCCUCAUCCGACAUCGCCGCCUUCCUCCAAGACAGCUACCCCAACCUCUCCAAUGCUACCAUCACCAAAGCCCUGGACCUCUACCCCGUUUCAGACUUCUCCCCUGACCCAUCCGCAAACAUCUCCGCGCACUACUUCCGGGCUAGCCAGAUGCAUCGCGAUUUUGACUUCACCUGUCCCAGUCUCCUGACCAUCCAGACGAACGUGUUUGAGUCCUCGGGCAUGACGUACUACGGUGUUCCGCACUUCAGUGAUAUUAUGUAUCUGUUUAACUCUGUUACCGGUGGUUUGUUCAAGGAUAUCUCUACCGCAUCGGACCGAAAGCUUGCGUCGGAGAUGGGUGCUAGCUGGGCUUCGUUUGCGUACUAUGGUAAUCCGAGCCGUGCUAGGGGUAGUGUUAAGGGAUGGGAGCAGGCGUAUGCGGUGAAUACUAGUUCCACUACGCCGGAGUUGCAGGUCUUGGGUGGUCCGAAGAUGAGGUUCACUGGGAGUGGGAAGGAGGCUGCGUAUGGUGAGGAUUUGGUGAAGAGGUGCGCGUUUUGGAAUGAUCCGGUUGUGGCGAGUCAGUUGGGGGUGUAA